AUGGCCUGGAAAUGUCGGGACUGUAAUAGAAGCUUCGCUCGAUAUAGCGCUCGGGAGCAACACCUCAACGCAUUAGACCACCGCCCUCUUAACUUCGAGUGUCGCUGCUGCUACAAUGUCUCGAGCAGUGAGGAAACCCGCCAAGAUCACGAAGCCGAGGUCCAUUUCUACUGCCAUGAUUGCGACAGGGACUUCCAAAACUACAAUAACAUUAAGAUGCAUCUUAACUCCCGUUUUCACCGAAAGAGUAGGAUUGCAUGUCCCUUCUGCAAAGCCGACUACACCACCGCGACGGGCCUCACGCACCACCUCGAAGGCGGUCACUGCCCCCAAGCUUCAUUCCUAAACCGCGAUGAAAUAUUCCGGGUAGUGCGGGCUAAGGACCCCACCGGAAUCCUCUCGAAGAAGCUCAUCGGCUGGCAUGGUUCCUCCACGUAUGAGGCCUCGGACCAGACGUGGAACGGCCAUGCCUUCGAGUGUUACUUCUGCCACCGUGAUUUCGUGAAUCUUCACGCCCUGAACCAGCACUUGAACUCCCCUGCUCACCAGCAGUCAAUGUACCAUUGUCCAAACCGUAAUGCCUGCGGCCGCGACUUCAAAUCUCUAGCCGCCGUUAUGAACCACCUUGAGAGCGAAAGCUGCGCCUUUACACGUUUCGAGAACGUGCAGAGAGCUGCCAUCAACCUUAUUAGCGGGGACCGACGCCUCACAUUUGGCUAA